CAUACCAGGGACCAGUCGUUUGCAUUGAUACAUUUAAAUGAACAUACGAUUAAGCCUAUAAGUUUCUUCUGUAAAAUAAAAAUCGUCCUUUGAUUUGAACGCGACUCAACGGAGAACUGGGCUCUGAGCCUCUAUUGCGCCCCUCGAGGAACGGACCGUAUGUUCCACAGGAACGAAAACAUUAGCCACCCAAUGAAAUAUUAGCGACGCACACAAGCAAUUGUCCCUUUAAUAAAACACUGUUGUUGUCAUCUCUUAACUUUGUGUUUUGGGAUUUUUAGUACUGUUUGAAAGCGGAUAGAUGUCUGAAGAGGUUUCUAAAAGGGCAGAAGAGGAGGCUGACACACCAGAUCUCGAGGGUCAGUCUGACGACAGCAGCGACGAGGGCGACGCUUCAGGAGACACUGAGAUGGAUUUCCUGCGCAGUCUCUUCUCACGAACUCUUGGCCUGAGUCCUGGAGAGAAAGUCUUGGAUGAGCUGACCCUGGAUGCGGUCGCCCGCUAUAUCCUGAGUGGCAAAUGCAAGAACAUUAUCUGUAUGGUUGGAGCUGGAAUAUCUACAUCUGCUGGAAUCCCAGAUUUCCGCUCUCCUGGCACUGGUUUAUAUGCCAAUUUGCAGAAGUACAGUCUGCCUUACCCAGAGGCCAUCUUUCAGAUCGACUAUUUCAAGAAACAUCCAGAGCCCUUUUUUGCUCUAGCCCGAGAACUCUACCCAGGACAGUUUAAGCCCACAGUCUGUCACUAUUUCAUGAAGAUGCUGAAGGACAAAGGUCUACUGACUCGAUGCUACUCUCAGAAUAUCGAUACUUUAGAGAGAGUUGCAGGUCUGGAAGGAGAGGACCUGAUUGAAGCUCAUGGUACAUUUCAUACCUCUCACUGUGUGAGCUUCCUGUGUCGUAAGGAGUACUCCAUGGACUGGAUGAAAAAUAAAAUUUUCUCUGAAGAUAUUCCUAAGUGUGAUUCCUGUGGGAGCCUGGUAAAACCUGAUAUUGUGUUUUUUGGGGAGAAUCUACCAGCCCGAUUCUUCGCUACCAUGAAAAUGGACUUUCCUCGAUGUGACCUUCUCAUCAUAAUGGGCACAUCCCUGCAGGUUCAACCAUUUGCAUCACUUGUCAAUAGAGUGUCAAACAGCUGUCCUAGGCUGCUCAUCAAUAUGGAGAAAACCGGACAGUCAGAAUUUGGCAUGGGGUUAUUUGGUUUUGGAGGAGGAAUGGAUUUUGACUCAGACAAAGCCUACAGAGAUGUGGCUCACCUGAGCACCUGUGAUGAUGGCUGCAUGGCUCUCGCCGAACUGCUGGGCUGGAAAGCAGAGCUGGACGAGAUGGUGAAGCGUGAACAUGCUUUAAUUGACAGCAAAGAUGCCAAAAAGAAAGAUAAGGAAGCCAAUCAGAGCUCCAGAAGCACUGGGGCAGAGGCUGGAAAGAGUGACAAGACAGAAUAACCAAUCACAGCAUGAAGAGGCUGUCUAUGUAAUUCUCUCCACGUCUCGAAGCCAAGUCUGGCCUUCUCGAGUCUACUGUCGAUCACAUCUUUCUGUUUCUCUGAGCUACUGUGUCUCUCAUCUGCCUGUAAUAGCAAUAUAGAUAAGUAAAGAAAUAGUACAGAAACCUCACAGUGCUCAGACAGGAACAGCGAGACAGACAGACAGCAGACACUCUCGCAGGAACAUGGUGUUAUGCUUGGGCCUUCAUUAAAAAAAGUUUGUGAAACACAACUAUGAAUAACAAUGCUUUAAAUGUAAUAUCUUAAAGUUGAUAACUUAUUACACUUACACUUUAUGCUUUAUCAUAUGGGUCUCAUUUUAUCCUGCAUAAAACAAAAGUGUCUGAAACCCAGAUUCUCAUUACUGUAAUGCACCUGCAAGUUUUUCUUUUGAGUUUUUUUGUAAUUCUCAUAAUUGUGAUUUUCUUUUAAAUUAAGUUAAAUACAUUUAAGUUAAAUUAAAUUACAGAAAUGUACAAAAGGAUGUACAACAAAUGCUAUCAUGCUGUAUAAAUACUUUAUUCUUGCACUACAGUAAUGAGAGUUGCAUUUUGUGCAUUACGAUAAAGAGAAUUUACAAGAAAAUUCUUAACCAUAAUACUAAUGAUGGUUUACGAUCUUUUGUCUGACCUUGUCAAUAAUAUUUUUUUCUUUGUGCAAUCAUUUGUAGAUUUUAGUAUAAUGUUACAUUUUUAAAAGUGUUAAUGAAAGUUUAUUUUAAUGAAUUAUUAAUGAUCUCUGCUUUAUACUAACUAUUAUAAUACAUUUUUGAUGUUUA